UCGAUUUUCUUUGUCGUCCGCACUUCACCAUGCGCAUUGGGCUUGGAUGGAUGGCGGCUAUAGCCAUGGCAGCGAUUCUAGGUGAUGUCUGCGCCACCGGUGAUGAACAUGAGCAUAGCAAGGCGCAUCGAGCCAACGGGAGCAACAACGACGACGAGGGAGCAAACAACCACCACAAGGUCAAAUCUUUGCCCAACUUUAACGACGAACACCCCAUCGACUUUGACAUGUACGCUGGCCGGAUUCCGUUGUCCAAGCCUGGGGUCGAGCUGUUCUACUGGCUUGUGCACUCGGAGAGCGACCCCCGCACCGACCCCCUCGUGCUGUGGCUGAAUGGCGGUCCUGGGUGUUCGUCGUUGGCGGGUUUGUUCACGGAACUCGGUCCGUUUGUCGUGGAAGGGGACCUCAGUGUCAAACGUAACAAGUACGCCUGGAACCGCAAGGCGAACAUGCUGUUCCUCGAGUCUCCCGCGGGCGUCGGGUUCUCGACUCCGCUCCUGAACGCGUCCGAUUACACCGAAGACACGACCGCGGCCAACGCGUACGAGUUCCUCGAGCGCUUCUUCGACAUGUAUCCGGCUUAUCUUCACCGCCCGUUCUACAUCAUGGGGGAAAGCUACGCGGGUCGAUACAUCCCGUAUCUCGUGCACAAGUUGGUGUUGCAUCCCAUUGCGAACGUGUCAUUGCGUGGGUUUUCCAUCGGCAACCCCGCCACAGACGACAAGGUCGACGGGAAUGCGCUCAUGGAUUACUACUACACCCACGGCAUGAUAUCGCGCCAAAACUACAAGAAGACGACCGCGGCAUGCGUCGGCGAAGUGAUCCGCAUGUGCCUCAGCUCCCGCCACAACUGCUCCGCCGACUGCACCAAGGCGCUGCACGCCGGCAUCCUCCAGGUCGACAAGCAAGCGUUGAACCCGUACAACAUUUACGGCGACGUGUGCUUAUUGGAGAACGGUCAAGCCAACGCCUUGCAUUACCCGUUGCAUCAGCGCGCGAUCCUCCCGCGAGGCGACAUUGGACCAUGCCAAGACGUGUUCACCAAGUCGUAUCUACAGCUGAAUGUCGUGCAACGCGCCCUGCAUGUGGAGGGAGACCAUGUGCCGUGGGCCGACUGCAACCACAAAGUCACGCGCAUGUACACGCGCAGUCCGUCUGCGCUCCCGCUGUAUCCGCGCAUCUUGUCUGCAGGGCUCAAGGCGUUGAUUUACAGCGGGGACGCCGACUCGGUGGUGAAUUUCAUUGGCACGGAGCGCUGGAUCACAGACGAAGGCCUGAACCUGACAGUAUCGCAGGACUGGCGAGCAUGGUUUGGCCCGGACAAGCAGCUCGCGGGGUACACGCAGGAGUACACCAACUUGACGUUCAAAACGGUCAAGGGGGCGGGGCAUAUGGUCGCCGCCAACCGGCCGCUGCAUGCGCUGUACCUGUUUGAGUGCUUUGUGUACGGAAGUGUCAAGUGCGAGUCGUUCGUGUACCCGUCGGACGGGCUGGAGCGACUCACGGGGGAGACGGGGGUGGUUGUGGGGAUGUCCAUCCUCAUGGCGGCGGCAGACGCUCCUUCCGUGCCCACAGCCAUGCAAGUAGAGGACACAACGGAGACGGACGUUCUUGGGCAAGAUGGACGUGAAGCAGCCUCCAUGACGAUGCAAGGGGCUCUGAUGGUGGUUGUGGUGGUGGCAGUGAUGGUGAUGGCGAUCCGACUAGCGAAUCGACGCCAUCACUACGCCAAUUACGUGGCGCUGUGAGAAGGCGUGGUUAGUUAAUCUACUCCCAAGCGUGUAGUUGGUUGUUGAACACGAGUGGUUCAUAUGGAGGUGGCGAUUGAGAGCGCACGUCCUCGUGGGUGUCGUCGUCGUCGUCGUCUAGAAUUCGAAGGCUUUGCAGUUUCACUUGCAAGUGAUGGGAUACCACUGGUCCAAGGUGCAUGAGGUAGUGGGCGGUGGAAAACGCGACUGAAUGGCGACGUGCGCUGGCCAACACUUCGUCGAGCACACUGGGAAACCUACGACCAUGACAACAUGACUACCGUUCGGACUAGUAGUUGUACGAUGGAGUACUACUAACUACACUGUAUGUACUAAUAGUAUUGUGAAUUCGCUAUAA